UUUUGAAUAUUUCAUGAUUACAUUAUGCAUUAGAAAAUCUAUUCCAAUGCGUAUAUUUGAUAAUAAAGUUUAUCUGUAAUUAUAUAAAAAUUUUACGACGAACAAUUUCUUAUUUACAAUAUUGCAGCCAUAUAUCUAUGUUAGAGAUGAGAAAAGGAUCGAUGCCACCGCGAUCGCAUUUGUGUAAAUGCAAUCUUUAUUUCUCGAAAACAAAACGGAAGCGCAUGUAAUUUAUCUCGGAGAUCGGUCUCUUAAGAUUUUUAAUAAACGUAAAAUUUCUCGAUUGUCAACGAUAUCCCUUGUCAGAUACUCAACAAAACGUGAUGGACGACAAGCGCGUUGUCUCGACAGAGACAACGCCUGUCGACCUGCCUCAAGAUUCGGAGUCGCAAAACUGCGAAAUUUCCAAAUAUUAUUCAGAGAAAUGUGCACAAAACGAAGAAAAUACGCAGAUCGAAAAUGUAGCCGCGAUUUACACCGAGAUGUCGGAUGAUGACGACGCAUCUGAACGAACGUCGUCGCUCGACGUCGAAAAUCAACUUUCCGUCGCGACAGAUAUAGAAUCAUCCAUUGACUGUGGAAAAAAAAUCGCAUCUGUCCUUCAUGAGCGUGCUCAGAAGCUCUGCUCAGAGAUGACGAGUCUUCGGGAAAAACUUAACAAAGAAGUGGCUCUCUGGAAAAAAGAGAGGGAAGAAUUUCAGUUUUUACGCGAGAGAAGCGAUGCCAUCGCAUUCGAAGAGGCAACUGCAGCCGCACGAGCUGCAGCCGCAGCUUAUGCCGUCGAAUCACCACUUUCGAGUAAUAUUGUGGACAUCACGUCGGAGCAGAGUGUCAGAGAACUCACCAUACUCGAAUACGAGAAAAAUCUCGCCAAGUAUCAAAACUCGUAUUCCUUGGAGCAAGCCGAGCAACGUUACAAUUCGUACAAACGCGCGCUCAUCGAUGCGUAUAAGCAGCGACUGUUAGAAGUCGAACGUCUUUGCGAUGAAGAAUUGGAGAACAUACGCCAAAAUGCGAGUUGCUUGCAGCCGUUUAAGGAGAUCGCGUUGCAAUGGUCCAUCGACAAGAACGAUCGCGGCGAUUCGCAGCGUGUUUAUAACAAUCAAUCCGACAUAGAACAAUCUAAAAUUGUCGAAGCAAUUUUCAGCAAUGAUCGGCGCGUAUACGGGAAAGUCGACAAUGAAGUCAAUAUGGUUCCAGAAAUUUUGUGCGCUCGAUUCCAUCAAGAAGAAACGAUAUAAUAUUUUUGAUUAAACGCAUUGAUUGUCCCUACCUUCGAAUUAAUUGUUCCUUUUUUAUAAACAGCUUUAUUGUUUAUUCUUCAUAUGAGAGAAUGUAAGUUAUUCGAGUGUUCUUUCCUUUUGCUGGCUGGAUAAGUUAUGGUGAUGUCAUCAGAUAUCAUAUUUGAUCUAGGCAAUUUAAUUCACGCUGUGGGGGAGCAAUUAAACCCAAUUUAACUUCAUUUUCAUGAAUUUAUAUAUUUGACAAGGAAUGU